GGUACAAGAGACGGUCGAGAGCAAAACUGAACAGGACUCAACCCUGUAGGACAGCAAUGUGGUACCUGGCAAUACUCGUAGCUUUUGGUGCCUCUACCGUAAAUGGUCAAUUUAUUCUAUUGGACUGCAUCCCCAACCUCGUGUCAAGUAACUUACAAGGAGGAAUCACGGCCUCUAGUUUUGCAUUACAAAACCCCUUCUGCUGUAUUCGUCAGGACAAUAGAAUUCAACUGACAGACAGUGCAGUGUUGAUAGUGGGCUUAAAUACCGCACUAUUGAACUUAGAUCCAGUAUCUAUCGAUAUAAAUAAUCUAUUGUUCUCCAACUUCCCUAAGAGUGGGUUGUUUGUCGCUAUAAAUGGAUCUAUUAUCGAUCUUUGUCCUUUGAAUAUAAAUCUACCAAAUGCAAUAUUUAUUGGAAUUAAUCUAACUUGCCCGAUAAAUACAAACCUAGUCGUUUGCAAUGGACCUCUAUUACAAGUCGGAACUUACGGUGUUAUAAUAUUUGUUUAUCGAAACCGCACACUUAUAGCGACAACUAGACCAUCACUGGAUAUCGUCCUCAAGAAACCUAAAGAUCAUCAUUCCAUUGACACUACAAUUAACAAGCACAGUGCCAGCAUGAUUGUCAUUACUACUGUCCUGCCCAUUCUCCUAGCAUUGUCCCUGGUCAUCUUUACUACUAUUCUACUCAUGAAAUGUUGCUGUUGCAGUAUUUUCACACCAACAAAAUGUCAGCAGGAGCAAUAAGAAUGAAUAUUCAGAAACAGACAGUGUUCGGAAUGUUACUUUUGACUGUUAGCUAUAUGUACCUGAUUUGAAAGAUGGGUAAAGCAGAAUUCACUCACUUGCUUGAAAACAAUAUACAUUUUAGAAAAUUGCUUAACUGAAACAUUUUGUUAUUUAUUCUGAUCUCUGCAUACAAUAAGAGAGGUUCUGAAAUAUCCACAGGCUUAAAGCCACUUUCAGAUAUGACAACAUGGUAUUCAGCCACGUUGAAAAUGAAAGUGACUGCGCGAUACUUGGAUUUGAUAAUCAUUCUUGGCUCUCUAUGAACUAAUUUAACAUUAGUGGGUGUUUAAAGAGAAUUUGUAACCUUUCCAUGUCUGUUUUAGUAACUACUUGCUUUCCCAUUGUAAUACUAAUUCUUGAGCAUCUAUUCUUAUGACUCUGUUGUACCAUUCCUAUAUUAUAAUGUCUAAAAGUUAUGGUUUAAUUACUAGUAGUUUGCAGUUAAAGUCAGGCUGGGUGUUACUGGUUGGGUUGGUGUCCCUGCAGUAACACCCCCUCCUACACUGGUAACACCCAGCUGGACCUUCUUUGCAAACUGCUAGUAAUUCAUUUAAUUCCGAAAAUUCCAGCAGUAAUAAUGAAUGAAUGGCACAACAUGCAGUCAUACUGAUAGAUGUUCCUGAAUUGUUAUUAUAUGAGGACUAUAAGUAGCUACUAAAACAAUAGAAAAUUUUCAGGAGUGGUGACGGGUCCUACUCCUCUCUAAGAAAUAUCUAAUACUCUUCUAAGCUACAAGACUUCAUUUCCCUUCUUCCUCUUCUUCCAGUGGCUAUGUUAGCUGUUCUAAUCUUCUACAUUCACUUAGCUUACAUUUAAUUACAGUGUUUCACUACCGAUUCCCCCAUAUUUCCACAGGGUUGGAACAGUAGUCUGAAUGAUCAUUUUAUGAUCCUACAACUAACGGCUAUGAACAAACAUAGCAAAGAUAUAAACUCAGCUUAAUAAAAUGAAGUAUAUAAUAUACAUAUGAUUACUUUCCUGAAUAUCUGUACAACUGUGUCAUCCAUAUACUUUAUUCUGAAUCUCAAACUAUGUCUUGAUGAUAUGUUUAUAUAUUUAUUUCAC